AGAUACUAUCACUGGCAUAGGUGAUGCAAAAAAAUGCCAAAUAAUCCCAGCUUGGCGUUAUAACUGAUGUGUUAAUAUUUCAACAAAUACCUAACCUUCUGUAAAGAAUUAAACAUACUUUAUUUCAAGUCAUAUUAACGUUGCUGACAAGACCUUAAAGUGAAGACUUCGUGGCCCUGAGUAAUUUUGUUGUUAACGCGCUUAAGUUGCUGCAUUUGUGGUUGUCGUUAUUUUCGGCCAUAUGUAUUGACGUGUACUAACUGUUGCCAAGCUCCCAUAUAACUCUGAGAGGAAGACAACAGUACGCAGAGAAAAAAAAACGAAGCAGUUUGCUUACGAUGUGAAGGCAGAUAGGUGCUCGGAGGAGCAGCAAUCGAGGUCGGGCAGCCAGACCCAUUCAAGGGUCUGGCGGGAAAAUUUGAAAGUGACAAAGAUGUUUUUGGCUCAAAAAUCGGUACUAGCAAUGACUUAUAGGUGUGAGAAACUAUUUGUUUGUGGUCGCGAAAUAACAACCGAGAAGUCGUCGAGCAGUCUCUUGUAUUUUGAUCCGAUGUAAAAAUCAUGCCUUGGUUUGGAUUCUAACUAAUAGAGAAAUUGACCGUUUUGUUCUGCUUACAACCGAAACUUAAACUAAACCGUCAUCAACUCCCAUAAAGCUAGCAAAAGCUUACGACCCAGUGUACAAGUUUGUUCAACAAUUUCGCAUAGGGGAUCAUAGCCGAUGCAUCGCACUGGCCUGCUGGCUUUUUUGCACCGUAAAAGGCGGCAAAAUUCGACAAUAAGCCUCGAGAGCAGCGAUUACUACCGAAUCAGCAGUUGUUCGCGAACGGGCGUCUGCUCGAGCAUCCGGCGUCGAUUUAAAUUGCAGCUUGGAGGUUUCUAUUACCCGGGCCCAUAAGGGGUUUCGCCGUUCACACGGUUUUCAGCUGAAUUUCAAGGGUCCCUAAAGACAUUUUCAUUUGCGUAUUUGUGAAAUCAUGGACAUCGCAAAUAGAUCAGCUACCGGAAAGGAAAACGAUUCAAAGAGUGCGAAUGCGAGUCCUAGUCAGCAACCUCAAAAACCAGGUAAAGGUGAUAUGCGAUGGCAGCUGAGUGACUUCGAAAUCGGGCGUGCCCUAGGAAAAGGCAAGUUUGGCUCGGUUUAUGUAGCGCGCGAGAAGAAGUCCAAGUUCAUCGUAGCGCUCAAAGUUCUCUUCAAAGAUCAGCUGCAAAAUGCUCAGGUCGUACACCAAGUCCGAAGAGAAAUCGAAAUUCAGUCACAUCUUCGACACAAGAACAUUCUGCGUUUGUUUGGCUAUUUUCACGACGAGAAACGAGUCUAUCUCAUUCUGGAGUUUGCACCUGGAGGCGAACUAUUUAAGAAACUCCGGGACGUUGGCUGCUUUAACAACGAAACUGCGGCCAGAUACAUGCGACAAAUCACCACUGCCCUGCAGUAUCUUCACUCAAAGGGAGUCAUCCACCGUGACAUCAAACCGGAAAAUCUACUGCUCUCGAAGGAUGGUGAAGAGUUAAAGAUAGCGGAUUUUGGCUGGAGCGUGCAUGCACCCUCAUCUGCUCGCACUACGUUGUGUGGCACAGUAGAUUACCUACCACCAGAAAUGUUAGCCAAUGAAAAGUACGACAAUCGAGUUGACGUCUGGUGUUUGGGGAUUUUGCUCUUCGAACUGUUGACCGGAGCUCCGCCUUUUAAACAAGCCUCAGAUAAGCUAACAUUCAAGGCUAUCGCCAAAGGCGUGAUCAACUUCCCGUCGCAUAUGCACGAAGAGGCUAAACAUCUUAUUACUCAGUUGUGCUCAGGAGACCCCAAGAAACGACCCAGCCUCGAGGACAUCUUGCGUCACCCUUGGCUCGAAAAAUUUGCCCCUCAAGAUGACGACUCAAGAACGUCCGAUUUAGGAUCAUCAAUCUGAGUCGAUAGCUUUUCAGGUGCCCCGUACCCGUCCCGUUGCCAUCAUUCCCUGCAUACGAUGAGGCUCAAUUUGACGAAGAACCGUGCGACAACCAGCUGAUAUUGAAAAUGUCAACAACUGUGAUCAAUACGCGCAGCUGCUGUACCUCUGUCCAGUUAUGGAAGAGUAACAUGAAGUUUUAUAGAGGAGAAUAAAGAAAAAUAAAAUAGAUUUUAUCUUUUCCACGCUUUUCGCUGACAUGCGCGGGUUCUCUAGAUGAGGUUCUAGCUUACCGACAUCAAAUGAACUCAUUAAGAAGCGAAAACGUCUUCGAUGCUGUGUCAAUGCCUAUGGGUUUAGGUCACGCUUUGAGAUCGGUAUUGCGCUAACUAUUGCUGCAUGUUAAAUGAAGGCAUGGAGCAGUUGAAUCAAUCAAUAUGUUGAUCUAAUUAGAUUACUUAAUUGAAAUUCGAGCGGAUGCAAUGUAUGUUAUCGAUAGCAGCGGGUGUGGUCUGAUUUUUUUUAAGAAAAUCCAAUUUAAAUGGUUGUCUAUACGUAGACAUGCUAAUAAUAAUAAUAUGAGCAAAUGGUAAAAUAGCACAAACGCUGUGCACUACCACUGUGUAUAUGACAGUUUAUUAACACAAUGCAAAAGAACGUAGGUCGGCUGAAUGUGUAAGUGAUUAGUAUUAGACAUGUUAACGUCAUUAGGAACAAUGACGUUAACGACUAGAUACAUCGAUUGUGUGGAAAUAAUGACAGAAAUAGUGAUAAUACAAACAAACGCGUAACGGGUAGCGGGAAACGCUUGAUGCCUCUUGCUGCGUUGACAAGGCGUCUCCUGCUAGAACAACGUAAAUAUGUGAAGAAGGAAAGUGAACGACUAAUUUAGAAAAGUUAGAGAUAAUAAAUUUAGCGGGUAGAGGAAAUAUCAAAUAAACGUCUGACCUGUA